AUGCUACCAUUAUACCUGUUGACAAAUGCAAAGGGCCAGGAAAUGGUCAUAGAGCUAAAAAAUGGUGAAGCGAUUGUCGGUCAGCUCACUAAUGUUGACAAUUGGAUGAACCUGACUUUGGCCAACGUCACACACACAUCGGCCAGCGAUUCGGUAAAGCUUCGCGAAAUCUACGUGAGAGGCAACUUCAUUAAGUCUAUCAAACUUCAAGAAGAUGCAAUCGAAAAAGUUAAACAAUCGAAUGCGCAGCAGCAAGCGCAGGGUCAUCAUCAGAACAGAGACUUUAGACGCAGACAAGGUGGUAGGAGGGACGGUGAAAAACGCUUCAACGCUGGAAAUAAUAACAGGCGUGGGGAUGGCCGUGACUUUAACAAUGGCGUUGGACGCCGUUUCAACAACAACAACAACAACAAUAGCAGGGGCGGAGAAGAACGCAGAGACGGACCGGGCAAUGGUAACGCCAUGGGAGGUUUUGUUCGACACCACCAGACCUCAUCGCAACCACCAUCAUCUAUCGGAGGACAAUCUAUUUAG